CGCCCCUGUGCAGGGUGAAGCGUUAUGGCGCUCCGCAUGAGCGGCCGGUGGGCGAGAGCGCUCGAGAAUACGACGUUGUGCCGUUUAACGGUCUUCGGGCGGAGCGCGCGGUCGGCGGCAGGAGGGCGAGGCGGCAGAUGGGAGGCAGUCGUGGGAUUGGAAGUCCAUGCUCAGUUAUGUUCCAACUCCAAACUUUUCUCUGGGUCACAGGUGCAGUUUUCAGCACCUCCAAAUUCAUUGGUAUCAUUUUUAGAUGCUUCACUUCCAGGCACUUUACCAGUUUUAAAUAAGCAUUGUGUCGAAGGAGCUGUGAAGACAGCGUUAGCUGUAAACUGUACUAUUAAUAAGAAAUCUACCUUUGACAGAAAACAUUACUUCUAUGCUGACCUACCAGUCGGAUAUCAGAUAACACAGCAGAGAUGUCCAAUUGCCGUCAAUGGAAACCUUGCAUACAACCUUUGUGUUGGGAAGAACCAUGUGAUACCCAAAUCUGUGCGCAUCAAACAAAUCCAACUGGAGCAAGAUAGUGGCAAAAGUCUUCAUGAUGAUGCAAGAACUCAAACUUUAAUUGACUUAAAUAGGGCAGGGGUUGGUUUGAUAGAGAUUGUUAUGGAACCAGAUAUGUGUUGCGGUGAUGAAGCUGCAGCAGCAGUUAGGGAGCUUCAACUUAUCUUGCAGACACUUGGGACAAGCCAGGGAAAUAUGGCAGAGGGACAGUUGAGAGUGGAUGCCAACAUUUCAGUACGUCGACCUGGGGAACCAUAUGGCGUGAGAGCUGAAGUGAAAAAUAUUAACAGUGCCCGAUUUCUGGCAAAAGCAAUUGAUUAUGAAAUUCAGAGGCAGAUUGAAGUACUGGAGAAUGGAGGGAAAAUAUUAAAUGAAACCAGAGCAUUUGAUUAUAAAUCAGGACAGACCAUAUCUAUGAGAGACAAAGAGGGAAAGCAAGACUACAGGUUUAUGCCGGAGCCAAAUUUACCUCCAUUGAUUAUUUAUGACAAUGAAACUCUCCCUUCUCAUGUGAAUCCUCAACAAGUGGUGAAUAUUGACUGUAUUCAUGAACAGCUGCCUGAGCUACCUAAUGUGAAAAGAACAAGACUGGUGGAAAAGUAUGGUAUUCUUGUUGAACACAGCUUCACUUUGGUGAAUGAAGAUGGGCUUGUGCAAUUUUUUGAAAGUGUUGUAGAACAGACCCAAGCCAGUCCAAAGAAGGUAAUUGGUUGGAUAAUUAAUGAUUUCCUGGCACUUCUGAAACAAAAUAAUCUCAGAGUAAACCAAAGCCCCAUUAGGCCCACUGAUAUGUCAGAAGUACUUAAUCUCUUGGAAAAUGGAUUUAUAUCUUCAUCUGCAGCAAAGCAAGUACUUGUUGAAAUGUGGAAGGGUGAAGGUAAAACUGCAACCCAGGUAGUUGAACUAAAAGAAUUGGGACUGAUCAAAGACCAGAAGAAGUUAGAACAAAUCUGUCAGUGUGUUAUUGAAGAUCAUCCUGCAGAGGUUUCUGAAAUACAGCAAGGAAACUGGAAAGUGGUAAAUAAACUGAUUGGCCAGGUUCAGAGAGCAACACAUGGUCGUACAUCCCCCACCCUGGUGAAGGCUAUUUUGGAAAAGAAAUUGUCCUUAAAGGUGCACCAUAGAAAUCAAGAUUGAUGGCAAAAAUUAUUUCCAGAGUUGCUUGGAAUCACUCAGAAUUAAGAUUGUACUUUUGCAUGGGCUUUGUUCCGAUCAUUUACCAUGACUUCGGGAUUUCAUGACUCGGACACUGGAGAUUCUGCCGUAACUUGAGGUUAAUGAUGCUGCAUAAUUUUAAAAGAAUUGUGCUAGCUGCAUUAUUUGCACAGGUAUGUUCAUUGCUCCCAUGAUGAAUUGUGACCAGAUUGUGUACUAGUUAUGGGGAAAAAUGUUUUCAAUAAAUGUAAUUAUAUUUUAAAAUGAUAAAUAAAAUAUGUAGCUGGA